UGCUCCCAACUUGUGACAGAAAGAAUUUACCAACUUUUCUCGGAGACAACACUCUACGGAACAAGGAAGCAGUUGUUCCAAGAGUAUUUUGUUGCUGAAAGCCAAAUGCUGCGUUAUUAAUGGAAUAAAAAAUGCAGACAAAAAUGAAUUGAAGAACAUUGCUUCUGAUCCAUUUGAAGAGCACUAUUUAUUUGUGGAGGACUUUGAACUGCUCAGUACCAUUUUGGCUAAAGUAUCCAGAAGACUUUGUUUCACAGCUUCAGAGCCUCCAAGACCAGUAAGGACUACGCUGUUGGCAGAAAAGAUCAUUGGCCCCCGGGAUUUGGUGAUUAGUGAAUUGAGUUACAGCUCAAUGAGAUUGUCCUGGACUCCAGCUACAGGAGGUGUGAUGAGCUACAGAGUUGUCAUCAGCCCAUAUUCAUCUGCUGGAAGACUGAUACCAGGAGAAGAGAGACAGAUUGUUACAGAUGGCAAUGAUCAUACAAUACUUGUGACAAACCUAAAACCCAGCACGGAGUAUUCUUUAACCGUGGUUGCUGUGUAUGCUGAUGCAAUUGGGGAUCUCGCAACUGUCAAUGGAAAAACAACUGCCCUGCCUCGUGUGGUUAACUUCCGAGUGAUUGAGAAAGGAUUAUUUAACCUAAAGGUGGCCUGGACUCUUCCUUUAAGGCCAUUGGUGGGUUACAAGAUCUACAUACCAAGAAUUAACAGACCUGGACUGGCCUAUGAACAGAAUAUCAAAGGAGAUGUGUCGUUUCAUGUGAUAGACAAUCUGGAGGAAGACCAAGUCUAUACCAUCAGCAUCUACGCUGUGUACCCCGAGGGCCCCAGUGAUCCUGUGUCCACCACUGGCAGAACAUUGAAACUCACAGCGGUGAGGAAACUAUUUUUGGAGAAUAUUACAACAGAUACCAUACAGGCAAAGUGGCUACCAGUUAAAGGCGCAUCUGGCUACAGACUUACAUGGGGAUCAUCUGAGGGAGACCUGCAGAAUGUCAAUUUAGGUGAAGCCUACCAGUUCUAUAUGAUCCGGGGUCUGCAAGCUGGUACUGAAUACACUGUUACUAUCAACCCAAUUUUUGGCAAUGUAGAAGGCCCAGUGGUCUCUGGGAACAUUGUGACGUUGGCAACAAGUUCUGUCCAUAUUCUGCGAGCAUCGUCCAUCACUACAAGCAGUGCCAUCAUCACGUGGAACGCUGUCCAAGGUGCUACAGGAUAUAGAUUAGCAUGGGGCCCCACACCAGAGUUCAUUGGGAGCGACCGGCCCCGUCAAGUAGCUUUGAACAGCAGCACAACAUCAUAUCAACUCAAAAAUCUGGUUUCCAAUACAGAAUAUGUCUUAUCCCUUUAUGUAGUCUUUGGUUCUGCUGUGGGCCCUGGGAUGACAGCAACUAUGAAAACAAGUCCACUUAGUCACGUAUCAAACUUCAGAGUGACCACAUACACCAAUACCUCAGUGUCUGUAGUCUGGGGUGCUACUGUCAGAGCAACAGAGUACAAGAUAACAUGGAGUCCGACAUCAGGUGGUACUCAGAGUCAAUAUGUGGAUCGCAGCACACUGUCUUACCAUAUUGGACACCUAAACCCUGGAACUCGCUAUACUAUUAGCAUCAAUGCUGUGUACAGGAAUUCUGAGGGGCCUGCAGCAUCUCUUUCUCAAAAGACAGCUUCGCCAGAUUCUGAACAAGUCCAAUCAGUGAAGGAACUGAAAGUCAUCGAAACUGGAUCCAACAGCUUAAAACUCUCAUGGAAAAAGAUGCCUGGCAUUUCAGGAUACAGAAUAUCUUGGGCUCUGCUGCGAGGAGGUCCUGAGAGGACAAGAAUUGUCCCGGCCGAUGCAACACUCCAUGUGUUAAGUGGAUUGCAAGAGAGUUCUACAUACACUAUCCGAGUCUCGACUAUGGUUGGAAGCAGACAAGGAAUGCCCGUUGUCAUCUCAGCCCAGACACGCACCAAAAAGAUAGCAAAACCAGUUGUUAUUUCACCAGUCACCGAGGUGACCAAAAUUGCCCCUGAUUUCAUGUCCCGGAUAGAUACCGCUCGACAAACCAUCAGCCGAAGCAAGACAACUUCAGCGCCUCCAACCCACACCACACCCAUCAGGAAGGUCACUGCUACCACCAGCCCCACCACAACCUCUGCCGCUGCCAGGAGGCUCUCAGCACCUCAGGCCAUGCAGGAUGGACCUGUUUGCGGCAGAGCCAAGGCCGAUAUAGUGUUUUUGGUGGAUGAAUCCUGGAGCAUUGGCCAGAAUAACUUUAAUAAAAUUCGGGACUUUCUCUUCAGGAUUGUUUCAUACUUCCCGAAGAUUGGACCUACAGGAACCCAGGUUGCUGUAGCUCAUUACAGUGAUAAUCCCAGGCCAGAGUUCCAGUUUAGUCAACACAAGGACAGGAAUUCAGUAUUGAGAGCCAUCAGAGCAGUUCAAUAUCGAGGAGGCAACACCAGAACAGCUAGAGGCAUUGGUUAUGUAUUAAAGGAGUUAUUCCAGACAACGGCUGGAAUGCGACAGAAUGUCCCACACAUUCUGGUGUUGCUGACUGAUGGACAGUCACAGGAUGAUGUGGAAUUGCCAGCAAGAGUGGCGUAUGGUCUAGGUAUUAAGGUCAUCUCUGUGGGGAUUGCGAGUGCAGAUAUGGAGGAACUCAAAAGAAUCAUCUACCGUGGGCCCCAAAAUAAUAUAUUUUUCGCGAGCACGUUUGAUGAUUUACCAUUGAUUGAAAGAGAGCUGGUCGAAAGGAUCUGCAGUGAAGCCUCCGUGACUGAGUAUCCUAUACAAGGUGGAUCUGAAACCAGGUCCAACAUAGAUAAUCAGCAAACAGAAUCUAUAAUAUCCAAAGCCUCCAAGCAUGAAGUUGAAGAUGUCAGAAAGCCUGAAGGUCCCUGUGCAUCACACUGCUUGAAGGGUCAGAAGGGAGAACAGGGUGAAAUGGGAUCUCCAGGAAAGCCGGGUCAACUAGGUUUCACAGGUUUACAAACAAGUGGAGGAUAUGAUUCAUUUGCAUUCGCUGAUAAGGGAGAAAAAGGAGAACGGGGCCUGCCAGGGAAAGACGGAAUUCCAGGUCUCCCAGGUCGUCCUGGACGCACUGGCUCACCUGGUUCAACUGGACCGAGGGGUCACCAAGGAAUACAAGGAGAUAGAGGGCUCCCUGGAUUUAAAGGACCUCCAGGUCCUAAAGGUGACAGAGUAAGUAUUAUAGUAACUGAUAUUGUAGAUUUGGAAGUUGCUUUGAAAGAGGCUGAACAAGUUAUUGCAGCAGACCUUCUACAUUGUACAUGGAACCAAAGCGUGCAUGUGACCUUAAAAUGCCUCCAAGCAGAAGGGCUCAACUUUAACACCGAGUGUGAAUUUGUUGAGAAAGCUGUACAAUUCUUGGGACACAUCGUUGACAGUGAAGUUAUCAUGGUGAACCUCAAGAAGACUCAGAACCCUCCUGAGAGAAGCAAAAUUUGA